AUGCAUAUCGAAUCGAUUCCAAUGUGGACGGGGAAAGGCAAUAAUUAUGCCUACCUUAUAUCCGACGAACCAACUAAAGAUGCUAUGAUUAUCGACCCCGCAAAUCCUCCCGAGGUUAUCCCAGUGUUGAAGUCGCAUAUUGAUUCGGGGAAGAUUAAUCUCAAAGCAAUCAUAAAUACUCACCACCAUUGGGAUCACGCAGGCGGAAAUGAUGGAAUUCUUGAAAAAUUUCGCAAUCUCGCCGUAAUUGGAGGCAAGGACUGCCAGAUGGUUACCAAAACACCAGCCCAUGGGGAAAAAUUCAAGAUCGGGGACCGAAUCACUGUCACUGCGCUGCAUACACCCUGCCAUACGCAAGACAGCAUCAGUUAUUUUGCUGAAGACGGAGACCAGCGGGCUGUGUUUACUGGAGAUACCCUCUUCGUUGCGGGUAAGCGUUGGUCUCUGCUUUUAAUUGAUAAACCAAAUCCAGCUCUUGAAGUCGGUUUUUAUUUGUCUGACAUGACUUCAGGAUGCGGUCGAUUUUUUGAGGGUAGCGCUGGAGAAAUGAAUAAGGCUCUGAAUGAGGUGCUUGCUGCCUUACCAGAUGAUACCAAAGUCUACCCUGGCCAUGAAUAUACCAAAUCUAAUGUUGCAUUUUGUCUAUCCGUUUCCCAGUCGGAGCCGAUUAAAAAGCUUCAAGCAUACUGCGAGAACAAUCAACGGACAGAGGGCAAAUUCACAAUUGGAGAUGAAAAGUUGCACAAUGUUUUUAUGCGGGUAAAGGACCCUGAAAUUCAGAAGGCUACAGGGCUCACAGACCCUGUGGAUGUAAUGAACUCUUUGAGGGAGAUGAAGAAUGCAAUGUGA